AUGGGUGCAUGUUCAGGAGUAUGCUAAUAACAGGCAAAAACUAUAGUAAAUGAAUCAGCAAUAGUUACAGAAACAAUCAUAUAGGCAUUAUAGGAGGAUACUACAAUAAGCAGACCAAUAUAGAGGGAAGAGAGAUACUUAAAAAUGGAAACAGGUGCAAUAUAUGAAGGAGAUCUAGUUAAAGGAAUUCGAAGUGGUAGGGGAAGAUAAGUAUGGCCAGAUGGUUCUUAUUAUGAGGGGGAUUUUGUGAAUGAUAUGGCUGAUGGAAAGGGAAUAUUGGUAAAUGCUGAAGGAAGUGUUUAUGACGGGGAAUGGUUGGAAGAUAAAGCAAGCGGUUUUGGGAAGUACCAUAGCCAUGAUGGGUUAUACUAUGAAGGACAAUGGUUGGAGGACAAAUAGCAUGGUAUUGGAAAGGAGAUCAAUUAAAGAAAUGAAUGCUAUGAGGGCGAGUUCUUUAGAGGAGCUAAAUAGGGGUUUGGGAAGCUGAGUUUAAAUGAUGAAGAAUUUUAUGAGGGCGAAUUUUAAAGUGGGAUGAUGCAUGGUAAAGGAACUUAUACUUGGAGGAGCAAAAAAUCUUAUACGGGAGAAUGGAAAGAGGGACGGAUGGAUGGAUUUGGGAUAAUGAAAUGGGAGGAUGGAAGAUAUUAUGAAGGGGAAUUUUAGAAGGGGAAAUAACAUGGAGAGGGUACAUUUGUUUGGAAGGGGAAGAAGUAUGUAGGAGCAUGGAUAAAUGGAUAUUAGGAGGGGGAAGGAACUUAUUAUAAUGAGUAAGGGGAGAGUAGAGUUGGUAUUUGGAAGAAUGGGAAGAGAUAAGAAUGGUUGGAUUAUUUAAGUAGCAGCAAUAGUAUUGAAUAAACAUUUUGA